GUCUACCCAUUUUUCGUAUCCUCGCCCGUCAUUGCGCAUAUUUCCUACCUUCUUUUCCUCCGUCGGCUCCGAGUAGAGAGUGUUAUUUAAUCCCGGUGGACUGGCCGUCCGCGCGCACCGAGUCAAGUCGCCAUGGCGCUCCGAACGUCUGCUCUUCCGAGCAUCGCGGCGGCGACAACGGAGCUGUGGCCGUCAAUCAUGAGGGCCAUUAUGGUACCUUUACGAGCUUCAUCGCUGCCGCCGUCGAACCCGAAUGCGCUCCGGACCAAGGAAGUCGAAAUCGAGUCAAGCCCGCAACCGACGAAUGCGAACGUCCAAGCUAAGGUCUCUCCCGGUCUGGCCAAGUUCGAGCUUCCCGAGUUUCUUCGAGAUGCUCGAAUUGGUGCCCAUCUCCUACCAGCUGCAUCUGUGAAGAAUGUCUCCGCUCCCUUCGAUAUCCGCUCAUCGAUUUCGACACUGCACCGUGCCUCUAUUCUUGCAUGCAAUCCGAUGGUACCUCGUCUUCAACCACAAUAUGUACCGCUCCGAUCUAUGUCUGCCGCAACCACUCUACGUCCAUUCUCGAACCCGCUCAUGAAAAUCAAUAUGAUGAACAUGCCUCAACGAAGAUCUUUUCAGACUGGCGGAUUGUCUAGAAACCUACUUGCUCAUAUGGAGGAAUCUGCCAACAGGAACCCGACAAGCGCUACUGCUCAGAACGCAUUCUACCAGGCCCUUUUGAGGGCGAACAUGCCCGCUAUCAUUAUCGAGAGAUAUCAGUCUGGACGGUUUGCGGCAAAUCCCGCGGCGACCGAAGCGUACCACAAGGCAUUGAGCAUGUUGACUCCCAGUGGUGGCCAGGGUGUGCGCGAUGAGGAUAUCAACCAAACUGUAAAGAACCUACCCGGAGAUCUGACGCCCACACAAGUCCAAGCCGUAACUCAGGCUCUAGCUGCCCGAUCUCGCGGCGGUAACCUAGCGGUUUCCAAAAGUGGUCAGGCAACUGGCGCAAAGGAUGGUCCUCUCCACGUUGUCGUUGACGAGACACUGGGUGGUAGCGUCUUCCGUUGGAUCAAAUUUCUCCUGUGGUUCUGUCUAUUCACAUAUCUGAGCUUGGUUGUCGUGACUAUGCUCAUCGAGGGAUUAAGUGUUCUAAAGCGACCUGGAGGCAAAGUCGAAAGCGAAGUCAAGGCUGAGCACCAGAAGACUCGAUUCUCGGAUGUCCAUGGCGCCGACGAGGCCAAGGAAGAAUUGCAAGAGAUGGUCGAGUUCCUGCGCAACCCCGAUAAGUUCUCCCAACUCGGUGGCAAGUUGCCCAAGGGUAUUCUGCUAGUUGGACCUCCCGGCACUGGAAAGACUCUUCUCGCUAGGGCCGUCGCCGGCGAAGCUGGCGUCCCGUUCUUCUACAUGUCUGGUAGCGAAUUCGAUGAAGUCUAUGUCGGUGUCGGCGCCAAGCGAGUGAGGGAUCUUUUUGCCGCUGCCAAGUCUAAGUCGCCCGCCAUCGUUUUCAUCGAUGAACUCGAUGCCAUUGGAGGACGCCGUAAUGCGCGUGACGCUGCUUAUGUCAAACAGACAUUGAACCAACUUCUCACUGAACUCGAUGGUUUCGAUCAGACCAGUGGUGUUAUUAUCAUCGGUGCUACGAACUUCCCCGAGCUGCUUGACAAGGCCCUUACGCGACCUGGUCGUUUUGAUCGUCAUGUCACCGUCGAUCUUCCUGAUGUGCGUGGCCGUCUUGCCAUCCUAAAGCACCACUCCAGGAAAAUAAAGGCCGCUACAGAUGUUGAUCUCCAAGCCAUCGCCCUGGGUACUCCCGGCCUGUCCGGAGCCGAGCUGGAAAACAUUGUCAAUCAAGCUGCCGUUCACGCCAGCAAGGUAAAGGCUUCCGUAGUCAGGAAGGAGGAUUUCGACUGGGCCAAGGACAGAGUUAUCAUGGGCGCCGAGCGAAGGACUAUGGUCAUCAGCGCCGAAGAGAAGGAGAUGACAGCUUAUCACGAAGCCGGCCAUGCGCUUGUCAACCUCUUGACUAAGGGUUCUGGUUCAAGCCUGUACAAAGUUACCGUUCUACCCCGCGCCCAUUCGCUAGGUCAUACUGCGUCUCUUCCAGAGAUGGACAAGUAUUCUUACACCAUCAGCAACUAUCUAGCUCGCAUAGACAUGUGCCUUGGUGGUAAACUCGCGGAAGAGAUUGUCUAUGGGGUCAACUCAGUCACCAGCGGCGCCUCAUCGGAUCUCAAAGUGGCUACCGCCGUGGCCUUCGACAUGGUUGCAAGCUUGGGAAUGUCUUCUAAACUCGGAAACAUGGAGUAUGGGAGCCGAUACGACACUCUCAGCAGCGAGACCAAGGCCCAAGUCGAGUCGGAAGUCCAACGUACUCUCAACGAAGCUUAUGAGCGCGCCCGCAAGCUCUUAACUGACCAUCGUAAGGAGCUCGACCUAUUAGCCAAGGCUCUCGUUGAAUAUGAAACAUUAAGUAAAGAGGAGGUUGAGAAGGUUAUUCGCGGAGAGAAGCUAACCGAUCGUAUCGCCGUCCCGAAGGGCCCCAUGGUUGUCCCCUCAUCUGCUAAACCUCCGGCUCCAGGCGAACUGGCGCCUAUUCCCGGCACAGGAGAAGAGGGCGGACGACCUCCGCCACCAGUGCCUCCAGCACCCGGUGGACUUGCCCCGAAGAGUGAAUAAUUAAUCUAACCACUUGGAAUGGAAAGACUCAAUUGAACUCAUAAUUACCUGGGGCAUGUCGAAGACAAAUAGAAACGAGUGGAUCGAGCAUUGUCCUGACGCUAGGCAUAGUAACAAUGCUGGGAUUGGAGUUGCGUUAGGCGGCUUUACCACAUACAUAUAUGGUAUACAUC